AAGUUCCACACUAAAGCAUCAAAGCAGUAAUGGAUAUGGGAAUGGUUGCUGUUUUUGUUUCUCUCUCACUACUGCCUCUAGUUGUUCCUGGGUUAGCCCAGAUCUGUUUCAACUUCGACGAAUUCGUCACCCCCUCACCAUCCCCUUCGCCCUCACCCUCGCCCUCGCCCUCACCCUCGCCCUCAGUGGGGCAAAUGCUGAACAAUAUGUUCAAAGCCAAGGCAAAGUAUGGCCUUCCUGACUCUGUCGAUUGGACGAAGAGCGGGGCCGUCACCAGUGUCAAGGACCAAGGGACAUGUGAAAGUGGGUGGGCUUUCUCGGCAGUGGCUGCCGUUGAGGGCAUAAACCAUAUCGUGACGAAUACACAACUACUGAAUCUUUCAGCGCAACAGCUGGUGGAUUGCGACAAAAGCAGCAAAGCUUGUUGUGGAGGGAGCUAUAUUACUGCUUUUGCCAAAAUCCUGGAAAUGAACGGGAUAACCACAGAGGAUCACUAUUACUACAGAGACGCGACUUCGAUCUGUACCAACGACGACAAUCGGACUUGUCAUCACAAUUUGGUGGUUGAUCCUUUGGUAACAAUUGAUGCCAUGUGGUGCGUAGAUCCAAAUGACGAGACUGCCUUGAAGGAAGCUGUUGCUCGCCAACCUAUAUCCGUGACCAUUGAUAUUGGUGAAGAUUUCAAAAACUACCAAGGGGACGAGGUAAUCCAGAAUCCAAUAUUUGAAGGACCGUGCGGGAACCAAAGUCAUGCAGUGACUAUUGUGGGCUAUGGUACUCAAGAAGAAGAUGGAACUAACUACUGGUUGGUGAAGAACUCGUAUGGAACACAAUGGGGUGAAAAUGGUUACAUUAAAAUGAAGCGUGAUAUCCCAGACCAAGCUGGACUAUGUGGCAUAGCCACAAAACCCUGGUUUCCCAUCAAAUUUCCCUCACAACCAAAUGUUACUCCUCUUGCAAGUGCCCAGUGAAUCUUCUCUAUCUACGCACUCGAAGACCUACUACUGCUACUCUGAGGAAUGCAUGCAUGCAUGCAUUAUGUGAUAUUAUAGUAUAUGAAUAAAUAUCUACGUACGUAUAUGUACUGUAUGUUUCUUCUAAUCAGACGGUGUACGUGCUAAAUAAAUAA